UGUGGAGAAAAACUACAUUUCUUGUCAACAAGCUUUGUGCGUUUGAUUUAUUUAUAAGGGCAAACCGCUUCCUCGAGUACCACAAUUUGUCAACAAGGGAGGUACUUACGGGCUAAGCUGAACAACGAAUCGCUUCUACUUUGUUUUUUUUUAACAACCAGUGUGUUGGUUUGCUAUUUGUUUUCGUUCGACACAAGCGUCAGAAACGGUGCAUAGCUAGCUAAAUGUUAGUUACGUGACUGUAGUUAUAACUUUGCUACCAUCUACUACUUUGUUUGUCCAUUGGAUCGGGAGAAUUUCAAUGGAGACUACGCGGGAGACGGAGCUGCAUCCACGUAUUGUCUGUGACAACCUGUCAUUGCCCUCCUUUAAGGACUAUCCAGCCCACCGGCCAUGGCCAGGCACACUGGAGCACCACACACCCAGUGACACAUAUGACCCUUAUCGCCCUCCAUCGCCCAGUAAAGGCUACCCAGAGACCAACGGUGCAGCCAUCUUGUCUGCUCUGAGGAAUCUCCAGGAGAAGAUCAGGAGGUUGGAGUUGGAGAAACAGCAUGUGGAUCUCGAUCACGCAAUCAGAGGCGAUGCAGCGACACGUCCUCGUGCACACAGGAUGGCACAGAGAGCGGCAGGCAGUCAGACGGACGCAAGAAAGCCCACAAAUGAGCAGUAUAAUUGCAACCAAGCGUUAGUCACCCAGCUGGCGGCUGCGGAGUCUCGCUGCGUCAACUUGGAGCGUCAGCUGGGUCACAUGAGGAAGAUGUUACGCAAUGCUAAAGGAGAGAAGAGCAGCCUGCUCAAACAGCAGGUGACCAUGGAGGCUUCCAGGUCUGCACACAAACAAGCCGGUCCUGUCUCGGAGCAGGUCCAGCUGCAGAAAAUGCAGGAAUAUCUCAGGCUGACGCGCACGCAGGGACAAGCUGAGGUGAAGAUCGAAGAGCUGGAGCAGAAACUGCAGGAAGAGGAGCACCAGAGGAAGCUGCUUCAGGAUAAAGCCAAGCAGCUGCAGGUGGAUUUGGAGGCCAACAGGAUUCUUCUGCAGUCGUCGUCGCCGCGUUGGACCAAAGAGAAGAAGAGCAUCUUGAAGAAGCAAUGGUCCUACUCCGAACCUCACUACAGACUCAACCUCAAUGACGUGCCUUUUGUUGCCGGAACGUCAGUAGGCGGCAGCCACUCCGUCCGAGCCAACGUGCAGUCGGUUCUGUCUCUCCUGAAGCGCCACCAGCCUCAGCUGUGCAACAGUCACGUCCUCGACAACAACAGCAAGACCUUCUGCUCGGACGCCGGCAGCAGCCGUCGCCGCCGCUCCGAUGCUUCCUCCGGCUCCGCUUCCUCCGCCAGCGGGGAGCUGUCGGACCUUCUGCAGGGCCUGCAGGAGGAACUAAGACUGAUGAGUUUAGAGCAGGACGAGUUGAUGCGUCAGCUGGACCGCUGCGUUUGUCUGCAAGAAAGAAAGCAGCUGGAGAGAGAACAAGAGCAGCUGCUCCUCAAAAUUGAGCGCAAAGGAGAUCAGAUCAGUAAGCUCUACAGGCAUAAAAUACAGAUCAAGAAAUUAAGAAAGGAAGCACACACGAGGCAGGCCAGCAGGAUUCCACCGCCAAGGGUGAGCACUCUAGCGGUGUCCACCAGGGGGCGCUCCGCGGGGGCGGUCAAGUCAAAUCCAGGUGAGAAAAGCCGGUGCAAUCUGAAGCUGCUCAAGGACAUGAAAGCCCUGCAGACUUCGUUAAGGACCUGAGACGCUGCCAGGAAGUCAUCGCAUCCAAAUCCACAUGAAUCCUGCAGGUGCUACACCCGUAAAGUGCAUUUACAAUUCCCUUUAUGAUGAUGAUGAUGAUGAUGAUGUUUUCUCCGGGUACUCCGGUUUCCUCCCACAUUCCAAAAACAUGCUAGGUUAAUUAGCCACUCCAAAUUGUCCAUAGGUAUGAAUGUGAGUGUGAAUGGUUGUUUGUCUAUAUGUGCCCUGUGAUUGGCUGGCCACCAGUCCAGGGUGGACCCCGCCUCUCGCCCAAAGACAGCUGGGAUAGGCUCCAGCAUACCUGCGACCCUCAUGAGGACAAGCGGUAGAAAAUGAAUGAAUGAAUUAAUUAAUGUUUCAACUUUAUUCUAUUAAAUUAAUGGAAUUUUUCCUGAAAAAAAAUUUAAAUUAAAUUUUUUACAUCUAAAUUUAAUAAAUUAAGUUUUCCUGGUAAAAAAUAUCACUUUUUCUUGUUAUGCUACAACUUUCUCCUCUUAAUAUUUUGGCAGAUUUUUCCACUUUUGUUUUUUUUGUUUUUGUUUACUUGUUAAAUUAGAUAUUUUUUUAGAAAAACCAGCCAGACACCCGGGACUACAGUGAUGGCUAUUACCUGGGAGGAGGCUCCAGCACCCCCUUGUAGAAAACUAAUGAAUGAAUUCAUAUUUCAACUUUAUUCUACUAAAAUAAUGGGAUUUUUCCUGGUAAUUUUUUUUAAUUAAAAUUUUUAAAUCAAAAUUUAUUAAAUUUAAUUUUCCUGGUAAAAAUAUGACUUUUUCUUGUUACGCUCCAACUUUUUCCUCUUAAUAUUUUGGCAGAUUUUUUCCACUUUUGCUGUUGGGUGUUUUUUUUGUUUACUUGUUAAUUCUUUUUUUUUUUUUUUUUUAAACAGCCACACACCCGGGACUACAGUGAUGGCUAUUACCUGGGAGGAGGCUCCAGCACCCCCACGACCCUUGUAGAAAAUGAAUGAAUUAAUUAAUAUU